AAAAUUUUCAUUUUUAGAAUAGAAGACUGUGAAACUGACAAAAGUGCGGCGCCAUAUUGCUUGAUUGUGUUUGGUUACUGUUCUGGCGCGUGGUCAAGAAUUAUUAUAUUUAAUUAAAUACCAUGUCUGAUAAUCAGGAGCAAAAACCUGAAGCCGGCCCAGGCGACGCGAAUUCCGAAUACAUCAAGCUUAAAGUUGUUGGAAAUGACAGCAAUGAAAUUCACUUUAGGGUAAAGAUGACCACUCAAAUGGGUAAAUUAAAGAAAUCGUACAGCGAUCGUGUGGGUGUUCCUAUGACAUCACUCAGGUUUUUAUUUGAUGGUAAAAGAAUUAAUGACGAUGAAACACCAAAGCAGUUGGAAAUGGAAAAUGAUGAUGUUAUUGAAGUAUACCAAGAGCAAACAGGUGGUCACUACUGAAGAAAUUUAUUCAGUUUCAAUACCUUUUAAAGUGAAAGUGACUAUCGUAAAGAAAUGGACAAGUUUAUCAGUAUAUAUAUAUAUAUGUAUGUUAAAGAAACAUGUAAUUUGGUUUUUUACAUAACAUUUUGAUGUGCAGUUCUACAUUCCUGUAACGUGGCAAGUUUAAGGACCAUCAACAGUCAGUUUCAUACAAUGUAUAUGUUCAUCCAGCAAAAACAAAAAAAAAAAAAAAAAAAAGAAACAGAACUGAAAAAGAAUCAUGCCUUAAAUACAGUGAGUUUUGUCUAUUAAUAACAUUUGGCAAUAUAUUUGCAUUCUAUGGAUUUCAAAAUUUAUAGAUUUAGAUCGCGGGAAUUUCCGAAAGUUUUAAUUUUGUUAUUGAAGUACGGUAAAUAUUACAUACUAUGAAUAUGAUUUAAACAAAAUUGUUGCGUUUAAGGUACGUCUAUAAUAAAAGAGAUAAUUGUAAUAUUUUCCCUUUGCCUUUUCUAUGUAAUUUUAAUAUUAACAAAAGUAUUUUCUAUUUCAAAAGAUAUGCAUUACUGGUAUGCAAAAAAUUUUCAUGAAUAAAUUAUGAAGAAAUUAAUUCGAUGUAAGUAAUGUGGAUGUUUCUGAAGAACUUAUUUUAGAUUUCAUUUUAUGUUAUCAUCAGUAAAUGACAACAAUGACAAAAAUUCAAAUCACUAUACAUAAUAAAAACGACUGCUGUACAGUUAUAUUUUAUGUAUAAAUUUUAGUAAAAGAUGUUCUCAGUUUUCAAAAACUGCUAUUUGAUUUAUAUUGAAGUUAAGCAUUAGGCCAAAGACUUGCAGAUUUAAAAAAUUUUUUGAUAUAUAUAAUUUGAAGCUAUUCUAUACGGGCAUCCUCAUUACAAAAUACUUAUUCAUUGAUUUAACAGGACAAAAUUUUUACAAAUUGUAAUAAAAUUUAUUCUUGUACAGAUAAGUAAUAUAGUUUCUGUUUUCAUUAAUAAGGUGUAAACAUUAAUUGGCAUUUUUCUUUCAUUGUAUGUUUAAACAACAUUCACUUUUUUUUAAAUAAUGUAAACAAUUUAAAUAGAUGUUUUAAUGAGAACAAAUAAGUAAAAACAAUAAUUACAUUACCUUUAGUAGUACUCUAUCUUGAAACUUGUAGCAUUUGUUAAAUAGAAGAAUAACUGAAUAAUGAUAAAAACUAGACUUUCAUUUUCGUAACAAAAGCAGAAAAUGAUUUUGAUAUAAAUAAUAUUGUAAUAAUCGUUAGAUUUACGAUAAAAUUGCAUCUACAUAGCUUUAUCGAUUUCACAAGACAUGUUUGCAUCUGCCAAAAGCAUAAAUUACUUGUAAUAAUUGUCUAGAAAAUAAAUGAUUCUUCAUCUUUCUCUACUUACUUUACAUAUUGUUUAAGAAAUAGUUACAGAAAUAAAAAUGCUUAUAGAUUAUAAGGCAAUCUUUUCAUUUAAUAGAAUUGCUUUUAUUUAUACAUUGAACAGAGUUGAUAAUUGCUAUUAUUAUUUAUUUUUUAGCACUUCUUAAUGUAUUAUUCGCAAAUUUUUAACAUUAUAAGCGGACAUUCAUAAAAAUAAUUAACUAUGUACAGAUCAUCUUGAGUUAACCAGUAAUUCUACUAUGUGGCGUCCUAUCAUUAUUACACAUUUACAGUGAUCUAUAAUCUGGAAGAAGCAAUUUUUUGCCUGUGUAAUCAUAGUUUCACAAAAAUUAAAGCCUCAAACGGAAAACUUUUUCGUCAUAAAUACUAAUUUAUUGAAAAUUGAAAUGUAUACUAAUGAAGAUUUAAGAUCAGUUUUUAGUUAAAUGUUUGCAUAUAAAUUGCUUCUUCAAAAACAAUAACAACUUAAUUGCCACAGUACAAUUACUUAGCAUUUAUGCACCGGUGCGAAAAAAAAUCAGCGAGUAGAUAAAUAGUUCGUUCAAUAAAAUGAGUUUAUAGGUUCAUAUACACAGCCCAUAAAUAUGCAUACAGAAAAAUAAUGCAUCAAAUAUUGUUUGAAUCUCGAGUUCACUGAUCGGUGAAUGAUUUCCUAUAGUUUCUCAUGAACUGUUGCAAAAAAUUCACAUUAUUAAAUUAGAACAAAAACUAUUUUUACAAGAGAAGGUUUUACAAUAUCGUUUAUGGUGUUAAUAACAAUUUCACUUACUACUACAUUGCUGAAACAGGAU